AGACUGAACGAACUGUCAUCUACAAAGUUUUGUUAGCAAAAUACUUUUUUCCAAUUCUUAUUCCAAAAGGAUCUUGGUCUGAAACUCUGGCAUGAUGGUGGGUUAAAGACUUUCCUUCAAGAAGAUGUUUCUGUUUUUCAUUUUUAUUGAUUUCUUCUGUUUCAUUGGUCAAAUAAUCUAAUCUCUGCUUUCACCUGUGUCAUUCAUCCAGCUCAACCUCGGGUYCGUCUGAUACUCCAAACUUKUUUUUUKUUUGUUUGUUUGUUUUUUUCAGUUCAUUAUUGACCCAGUUGUUCAUCUGGCUGAGGUUUCAGAGGAAAAUGGCCGUCACACCACCRAAAGACAAGUAUUUUGCUGUCUGGAUGAUCUUAUUCAUGCUUGGUCUGGGAACUCUGCUGCCCUGGAACUUUUUCAUGACUGCUACCAAAUACUUUAGAGGUCGUCUGAAAGAUUCCUCUAACACUUCAACAAAUCAGAUGGARGCAGCAAAUCAAGAUCACAGCAUCCUGGAUGCUAAAUUUAACAGUGUGAUGACACUCUGUGCUAUGUUGCCCUUGCUUCUCUGUGCCUGCCUCAGCUCCUUCCUGCAUUCUUUCAUCCCUCAGAGGCUCCGUGUGAUGGGGAGUCUGCUCGUCAUCAUGUUUGUCUUCAUUGUCACGGCUGUUCUUGUCAAAGUUCCUCUUGAGCCGCUGCCAUUUUUUUCUAUAACCAUGGUGAAGAUCAUCAUCAUCAACUCUUUUGGAGCAAUGCUGCAGGGUAGUCUCUUUGGAAUGGCUGGCUGGCUGCCGGCUUCAUACACGACUCCCAUCAUGAGCGGCCAGGGACUCGCUGGAACCUUUGCUGCCUUCGCCAUGAUCUGCGCCAUUGCAAGUGGUUCUGAGCUUGAGGAUGCAGCAUUUGGUUAUUUCAUCACAGCUUGUGUCGUCGUUCUUCUUUCCAUUACGUCCUACAUCCUGCUGCCUAAACUGGAGUUCUUCAGGUUUUACCAAGAAAGAAACCAAAACAAGAGUUUGGAUGAUGAACAGAACACCGUCAAUCUGAUGAAUUCAGGAAGUAAAGAUGCAGAGGUCGAUCAGAAGGAGCAGCACAACAUCUCCAUGAUUACAAUCUUUAAGAAGGAAUGGGUCUUGGCUUUAUCAGUUUGUUUUACCUUCACUGUCACCAUCGGCACGUUUCCUGCCAUCACUGCUGACACCCGGUCCAAGUUCACAGACGGAGGCUCCUGGGAAAUGUACUUCAUCCCAGUCUGCUGCUUCCUACUUUUUAACCUGUGRGACUGGGGUGGGCGGAGCCUAACAGCUGUGUGCAUGUGGCCGAGCAAAGACAGCCUGAUACUUCCUGUGUCCAUCGUUUGUCGGGUGGUCUUCAUCCCGCUCUUUAUGUUGUGUAACGUUCAGCCUCGUCUUCAUCUGCCCAUCUUCUUUCACCACGAUGCCUUCUUCAUUGUCUUUAUGGUCCUGUUUGCCUUCAGUAACGGCUAUCUGGGGAGCCUCUGCAUGUGCUAUGGCCCAAAGAAUGUUCUUCCCCAUGAAGCAGAAACAGCUGGAACCAUCAUGGCUUUCUUCCUGGCUCUGGGUUUGGCUUCAGGAGCUGCUGUGUCCUUCAUUUUCAGAGCCCUGGUCUAACUUCUGUUCAACAUAUUUAUUAAUGAAAACUGUAAGAAUGAAGUGUUUGUUCUGUUCUGUGUGGAUAUCCUCCUCAGUACCUGGAAUAUUCAUCAUUUGACCAAAACAGAUGAUACAGGUUUGACUGCAAGAAACUCUUAUUCUGAAGACUGUUGUAGAAAGCUGCUUUUAUUCUGAAGACUGUUGUAGAAAGCUGCUUUUAUUNUUAUUCUGAAGACUGUUGUAGAAAGCUGCUUUUAUUCUGAAGACUGUUGUAGAAAGCUGCUUUUAUUUUGAAGACUGUUGUAGAAAGCUGCUUUUAUUUUGAAGACUGAUGUAGAAAGCUGCUUUUAUUAUGACGGUACUCUGAGUGUGGUUUUAAAUGGCAGAAUAAAAAUAACUUAGUCGACAGCAGCAACAUGCUGCGGCCUCUGGUUUU